AUGGCCUGGCCGAACAAGAACAAGGACAUGCUGUAUCGCCGAGUAGGCAAUUCGGGCCUGCAUGUUUCGGUCAUUGGCUUGGGCGGAUGGUUGACAUUCGGAGGCCAUGUCGACAACAAGGUCACCCAGGACUGCAUGAAGCAGGCCUACGAAUGCGGCGUCAACUUCUUCGACACCGCUGAAAGGUACAACCGAGACAGACUUGCUGGGGACCACACAGCUAAUGAGGACAGCUACGCCGGCGGACAAUCGGAAAUCGUCAUGGGAGAAGCCAUCAAAGCGCUCGGCUGGCAGCGCAGCGAUCUCCUGAACUGGGGCCUGGCGAACGGCGAAAUCCUCAUCAACAACCACGGCCUGUCGCGAAAGCACAUCAUCGAGGGCACGCGCGCAUCGCUAAAACGCCUGCAACUCGACUACGUCGACAUCAUCUACGCCCACCGACCCGACCGCCUCACCCCGAUGGAGGAGACGGUGCGCGCCUUCAAUUUCGUCAUCGACCAGGGCUGGGCGUUCUACUGGGGCACGUCGGAGUGGUCGGCGGACGAGAUCGCCGAGGCGUGCGGCAUCGCCAAGUCGCUGGGGCUGAUUGCGCCCAUCGUCGAGCAGCCGCUGUAUAACAUGCUGGAUCGCCAGAAGGUCGAGGGCCAGUUCCAGCGGCUGUACUCGCGCUUCGGGCUGGGUCUGACCACCUUCUCGCCGCUGAAGAUGGGGCUCCUGAGCGGGAAGUAUAACGAUGCCACGACGCAGCCGCCGCCGGGGUCGCGCUUUGCGGAGAGCAAUGAUAAGUUUGCGAGCAGUGUGCGGAAGGAUUGGGAGAAUGAACAGUGGGCGGCCACCAUUAAGAAGAUUGUUGGUCUGAAGGAACUGGCCGAUAAGCUCGGGGUCAAGCUAUCCCAGCUGGCUCUGGCGUGGUGUCUGAAGAACGAGAAUGUUUCGUCGGUGAUCACGGGCGCUUCGAGACCGGAGCAGAUCGUGGACAACGUGCAGAGUCUGAAGCUGUUGCCCAAGUUGACGCCCGAGGUGAUGGCGCAGAUUGACGAGUUCUUGGGUAACAAGCCUGCCUUGGACCCUGCGAGGCAAGAUUAG